AUGUCGAAAAAAAGCGCAAACACGAAGACGACGAUGAAAAACGAUGGUGGACUAGGAGCAAAAAGCUAUAAAAGAAUAAAAACUGAGGUAAUUUCUUUAUUCUGCUUUAUAUUUUUUUUUUUAAUUUUAAGACAAAUGAGUCAGCCGAAGAAGUUGAAGAUUCAUACCAAGUAAUCGCUAAAAAAUCGAAGAAACUAAAAAAGAGUAAAAGGAGCUCAUUUGAUGUGAGUUUUUUUUAACUUCUUCAAAUUCCACUUAUUUUUAGCUUGAUAUAUACGAUACAAACGACACUCCUAAUGUUUCUUAUUCGAAUGGACACAAUUCUAUCGAUCAGAAUGGCGAAGUGAGUUUUUUUAAAUGUUGUAGGACAUAUCAUUCAAUAAUUUAAUCUGUUGAAAAUCCCGAAAUCAUAAAGAUAGAUAUAGGAACAAAAAACGUUUUUCAUAAAUCAAACUAAUCAUAGUUUUUUUUUUGAAUGUUCAAGAUCAAAUUUUAGAUCAAUGGUUCUGUGAAAACUCGUCCGGAGGACCGUUUCGCAGUUUACCUCAUUCGGAAACCAGUAGAAGUGUCUCUGGAAGAUUUGAGAAAACUCAAGUUUUCUUGCGAUGAUUCCAUUCUAAAAAAGAAUAAACUAAAAACAGGUAUUAUUUUUUUCACACUUCACAAACUUUUAAAACUUUCACUAAAACUGGGACGAAAAUUUCUUAUCCUAAAAAUACCUUAUCUGAAAAUCUCACACGUCAAACUCCCUUACUUUUUUUUCAAUUUAACAUCAUAAUCGGUUUUCUUCCUUACUUAACCGUCCUGUUAUACGUUUCGUUGAAUGAGUUGGUUUGUGUUCAGAGUCUGGAACGUACAACGCCGUAGUGAACAGCGAAAAGAAGCUGGGAAAGAUGCUCCACGUUCCCGCAAUGAAGGAGGUGGUCAGCAAAGACGCUCAAAACAUCAAACCAGGUUGGUUUGUGCUUUCUGGAUCGACUUCAUGUCCCUCUCUUGUAGCCGGCUUUUUGAGCGGCUGUAUAUCGGUGAUCCCUCGCGAGACAAAAGAUAAAUAUCUAGGAGGAGCAAUUUAUGAAGAAGGUUGGUUGACCAAAAAAGGCGCCUCAAGUCAUCUAGCUCCAGGAGAAGAGCCUGAACCGGAUGCAGUGUGCAGUUCGAAGUUGAAACCGAUUAAAAAGGUGGCGAAACUGGACACGAUUUCAUUAAAACAGAGGAAUAUGGCUUACGGUUGGUAACUUUCCAAUAAUUUUUCGUUGAAACUUAUAUUAUAUUCAAGAUUGAUUAGAAGUUACAGGAACAAAAACGGAUAGUAACCAUCGGCUGAGAAAGCUUCCUGACAUAUUGUUAGAUCAGCACGAUCAAAGUUAA